AGAAACGAAUCCAACAAUUGCAAUAUCAAUAUGAACAAAAGGGGGACCAAAGACCAAAUGACGCCCGCUAUCGUCUUCCCAACCGACCUGUUGCAACACAUCUUGCGAAAAUGAUUUGGCGCUCAGGACCUUCUUUUUAUUGCUGCAAUUUCGCGUCAUGACUUUCGGAGUUUUUCCGACAAUUGGCAGCGGUAAUUGCGACAUAUUUAUUAUUGAUAAAGAAGCGGUUUCGCUUGCAUUUCGAUUUUGGCUUGCUGAAUCGAUUUUUUGGAUAUUUCGCAAUUGAAUGUAUGACCGAAUUGGUAGUUUCAUCAAAUUGCAUCGAUGAACCAGGCUAUGGUGAAUUUCUGGAACGAAUCACACCUGUAAUUGAAGAUUGCGCUAAAUCCGGAAUGCGAUGGAUUUCGGUUUUCCUGAAACAAUUGAUCAGUAGAGCAAUGAAGCAUAUUUUAUGUCAUGAAAUACAAAAACAAUGCUAUAAUAUUACCAAAUGGAAUCCUCAGAAAGGAAUAUGCGACAUAAAUUUUCCGGCCUGUAUAAUGCGAACAUAUGCUGAAGAAUACUGUCGAGAAUUUGAAAGUGAUUUGGAGCUGGAAUAUUAUAUGUGCUUGUCGAGUGCAACAAAAUGCAACAAUAAAAGAGAAAUGAUCAAUGAAUGUGAGAAGGAAUAUUUGGCAGAGAUAAAACGAAACAUUGGAGAGAUUGAUCGACGACGUAAUUUGGCUAUUGAUGAAAAAAGAAAUGAGUAA